UCUCGCAUCGUCUGACCCGGUUCAUCAGAAUCUCCCAAACAUCGCAACGUACAACACGAUCCAUUCAGGAUAAUAAAUCCAUCAAUCAACCACAUCGACUUCCAGUAAGCAACUCAAUCUGCAUGAAAAUGUCAGAGCAAACGCAAUCAAACGAUGAAUCAGCUGAAGAAAUCUCAAACUGCCCCAGCCAUGGCGGCGGUUUCAGAGGGUUCAAGAAGAGAAACCAGGUAUUUGAUGAUUACAGUUUAGUUGCCGACAACGAGAAGGCUAUAAAUGAAGACAAAUACGAAGAAGAAGAAGAAGGACGUUAUUCGGAUUCAGAUUCGGAUUCGCUGUUCGGUAUACAGGGUCCGAACGAGGAGGGUUUGGAACCGAUAAGAGAAGAAGACUGUGAGAGUAGUGUGUUCUCUCUGGAUUUUCGGAACUGGAAUGAUGUUGUGCAUGUGUGUGUGGGCAAACAUGGCGAUAAGUCGAGCUUCGAAGCACUUUCAUGGACGUUGAAGCACUGGAUCACACCUUUCACUACGCUUUGUCUUCUUCACGUCUUCCCUCUGGUUAGGCUCAUUCCCAGUCCCUUGGGAAAACUUCCAAGGAGUCAUGUAAACAAGCCGCACGUCAAUCUCUACUUAGACCAACACAAAUGUAAGAGGAAACGCCUUCUUCAAAGGUUCAUUGACUUGUGCCUUGCUUCCCAGGUUAAGGUGGAGACGAUACUUAAUGAAGGCGAUAACGUUGCUAAAAGCAUUGUGGAUGUCAUCAACAACGUAGGCGUCCGAAAAUUGGUCCUCGGAAUUACCAAAUCUAAUCUAAGAAAAACGGUGUCUCGCAGAAAAAAAGCAAUAGCAGGUGACGUAGUGAAAAAAGCGCCUGAGAACUGCGACGUUAAGAUCAUAUGCGAAGGAAAGGACGUUAUUUAUGACAUCGUUGGGGCUGCCUCGCCGCGUUCCAGCCAAAGCGGCACCCCCAGAUCUUCACGGGAAGAACAUGAAGCUAGUCGUAUUGUUCCCUACAAGAAGUUGAGGUGACUCCGAAUUUAAGCGAGAAAAUAAUCGUCGAGGAUCAGAGUUUUAGAUCGGGGAAUUAGACGCGCUAGGGUUUGUCAACAAGAAAAGUAUAUGUAAUUAUGAACAAGUAGAAUGUCGAGGAUGAAUCUUGUGGAAAAGCGUAUCAAUUUGAUAGGUUGAACGGAGACAUUCAAUCAUUCUUGGAGGAUCCAUGAUAUUCUUUGUUGGGAACACUGAAACAUCCGUGAUGCCAAAAUCCGUUUCGGUAGCUUCGAAAAUAAGCUGACAACAUAGGGAAAGGAAGAUGAAAUCACGCCUUUCUCGAGGGUAAGAAGAUGCAGAUAUUGCUUCGGGGUGAAAUAAUGGAGACAAUCAGCAUAGUCACUUUGCGCAAUCUCAACUUUAUUUUGAUUGUCACUUUCUCAACCAUCAUUCAAUUCAAAACUAGUAUUUCUAUAGGAUGAAAUAAAUACAUAAAACGACAUUUUUAUUCUUAAACCUGCUUAAUGUCAUUUUAUCAUUAAUUUUAAAAUCUUAGUAUGGAUAAAAUGAAAGAGUGAUUUGAUUUUUCGGGAUUUUGUGAAUAUGC